AACCCAGAGUCCUUAACCAGUCCUCAGCUCUGCAGGGCUGAAUUUUAUCACAGGAUUCUAUCCCCACUCUCUGGUGACCAGGCCCAGCAGAACCAAAACACAAUUUCCCAGAACUCUCAGGUGACUGAAGGACUGUCUAGAAGCCCACUUGCCAGUUAACAUCAGGCUAUUUUCUUCUGGCCUGAUUACAGGCACGUCCUUAGCUUAGAACCUUUGUGGUGAGCAUCCCUUUAAAGAGGCCAGCUCACAGAAAGCUAUGGCCCACAGGUUAGCCUAGAGAGCAGUGAACAGAAGCAGUCAGAUGUUUCCAAGGAAUAUUUCCGUUCAGCUAGGGUAGCUGGUUAUUCCAUUCUCCAAAUCAAGGGUGUCUAGAAAAUCAGGAUUGGGCUUUCAAAUCAGAGAAGAAUCUCCUUUGGACCAGCUGGAUAUACACUAAAAGUUUUUAUUUCUUGGCCUUCCUCUAACUAAACCCCUUAAAACCCACUUAAGAUAAUCAGAUUAGGUAUGUUAGAUGGUUGGUUUAACUUACAACUUUAUUUGCAUUAAAUGUAUUUCAGUUCUGAGGACAUAUCCUAAUUGAUCAGCUUGAUUAGACUGAGAAAGUCUCUAGUCUAAACACCUGGUCUAGGGAGUGCCUCACAAAGCAUUGUGGUCCCCUUAUCUCCAUUUAUAAAUUGCCUCUUAAUUUGAAUUAUUUGGCAACUGGCUAAAAGCAUCUGUUCUUUAUUGACUUUGAUGGAUUCAGUUUCAGAGAGUGACCUUUUCUGUCCUUGUUACCAAACUCAAGGGGAGGAUACCGUAAUGUAACCCUUCUAAACACCAAAUAUGACCAAAAUAUUAAAAAUUACCAAAUUGUAAAAUAAUCUCCCAUGUAUAUAGAUAUGUAUAGAUAUGUAUAUAGAUAUCUGUAUCUAUAUAUGUCUCCAUCCUUGAGAAAGCAUGAGAAUUGAGAGCUUUACGAUAAUAAGAACGCAAAACUUAAGAAAAAGAAAAAGGCACAGAACUCCAGGGGCAGAUGGCAGGAGCAAUAGUGACACAUUCCUGCACAGGCCCGAGACGCGUGUCUGCUUCUGUGUAAUAGCAGCGUCCCUGUGCUUGCCUCCCACCUCUGCCCGUCUCUCCUCCGUCUGCGGCCACCUCCUCCUGCUGCUCCUCCAGUCUCCUCCCUUUGUCUCUGCUACAGACACUCUCCUGGCCUCGCACCUCCAGUCCCCUCCACUGCGUAGCAGUCUGUCCCACGCCCCCCUGUAUCACUCAUUAGUCUUUUACUUGCCCCCUUUCCCUUCCCUGCUUCUUCCUCCUCUUCUAGGCCACCGGCACAUCUCCCUUGGUCUCCAGAGGAUGGCACUGUGGCAAGAGUCAGGCAGGGGCCCAAAGCUGUGGCUGCAGCCAAACCCCAGGCUCUCUGCCCAAGUGUCGACUGGUUGAUCAGGUUAGACUUACUGGACAUUCUGGAGAGCUUCCCUCUCUGCUGUUUUGUCCUUCCUCCUUGGCACAAACUUACCCUUCCACACACUCUGUUAUUUAAUCAGAAAUCUCUUAACUUGCACUUUGCUCCUUAUCGUCUCUCCAAACACAUACUUUUCCAUAUGCUCAUAUUCUUCUUUCUUCACCUCUCUUCUCCAUUCCUUCACUUUCCUAUGGCUCUGCCGACCCAUCCACGUGUAAGGGCUGACCAGGGACAGGAGGGUAGGAAAGCGAAUCACAGGCAACGACGACAACAAUUUGUUGAGCACCUACUAUGUGCCAGACGUAGCACCACAUGCUGAGAACACUGCCGUGAACAAAAUGCUUACCUUCAGGGGAAGCUUACGUUGUAGCAGGAGGAGACAGGCAACAAGUAAGAUAAAGAAUAAAGCAGGAUAUCGAAUGGUGAUAAAUGCUCUAGGGAAAAAUCAAGUCGGGAAGGAAAGGUGAGGAGUGUGUGGGGUGAGAGCUGUGACUUCGGAUAAGUUGUCCAGAGAGGGCCUCACUGAGAAGUUGAAGUCUGAGUAAGGAUCAGAAGGAGGUGAAGGAGCGGCCAUGAAGAUACUUGAGGGAAGAGUGGUCCAGGCAGAGGGAGUGGCGAGUGCCAGGGCCCGGAGGUGAGAGAGGAGGGGCAGUGCUGCUGGGCCCAGUGAGCGGGCAGGAAGUGGAGCGGAGGGGGUGCAGGGGGCGACGUGCCGAACAACGUGGAGCCUGUGGACCGCUCUGAGUGAGGGGGCAGCCGCAGACCUGUUUCCACCUGAAGCCCCUUCAGCUUGUUUUUGGAAAGUGCUUUGAGGCCAAGAUGAUAAAAGCUGUAAAAUGGGAAAUGUAUUGAGCCAGAAGUUGUUCACAUCCAACCACAGUUUUCUCUCAGUUUGGAAGUGGUGAGCCCCAUCCCCUUUCACCAACGCCUUCUUUGGCAGCAGCCGUUUCUCCUCAUUGGCCCCAGAAGAAAGAGGACAGCAGACGGGUUGGUCUGGCCUCUGUCCCCGCCCUGCUCCAUCUCUUUGUCUGUGAGGCUGUGAGUGAAGGGAGCCUUGCCUGCCGCCUGCACUGGAGGGAUGGCCAAGACACGUGAAAGUUGAUCAGUUGGUUGGGGGAUGAUUCACCUGACCUGUACAAAACCAGAUUGGCUUCUGCAGUCUCUCUGCACAGAAAUCCAAAAGCUCAGCUGGAAUUUCAGUGGCAAGGGAGAGAGUCAGAACGGGAGCUGAGUUCCAGGGUGGGCUGUGGGAGGCAAGCCGCUCUGCCCUGACCACGACGGGGGCAUGGGGGGUGGUCUUCUUCCACUGCCUCCUGGACAGCAGCAGGCGUGUCCUCUAAGGGCUGUGCUGUGUCCUCCAGCGAGUUCUGCAGCCACAGAGCUUCUGCAGUCACACGCAGCAGCCUCCCUGCAGUGCACGGCACCUUACUUCCAUGCACCACUCUGCUCGGAGCUGACUGGCCACUUGGGGGUUGGGGAGUUGUCUUCUUAGAACACCGGCUGCUGCACUCUUCCCUGUUGGCGGGGCUCAGGGCUGUGCUCAGCGUACCCCGUGCCUCCAGCAGGUGUAGAGGCAGCGCAGACCUGCACCAUCAGCCCUGGAAGGGGCUGCACCCACUUAUUUGAAGGGUCAUCCCUCUUGUCCCUCCCCAGUGUUCUUCAUGCUGACUCAGGUAGGUCCGUACUCCCAGGAAGCUCAGGUAUUACCUGCCCCCACCCCCGUGACACUCUGCAGUCCCUGGGGGCAUAGAAUAGCAAGAUCAGUUACUCUGUGUUUCCUUUAGUUUGGAAGGUCAUUUUUUACCCAUGAACUUGUAUGAUACAACAACAUCGUGGAACAGAGAGGCAAACUAUUGUUAUUCCCUUUUGGUGGAAUUUGGCCCAAGUCUCCUGGGGGGCUUGAGGCAGACUCUUUUGAACAUCUCUUGAAUCCUAAGGAGCCUCUCCCCCCAAAAUUAGUAUAGCAGCAAAGCCCUUUCAACUAGAGCACAGCUUGAGAAGCACUCAGGAGCUCAUAUACACACAGGAGCCCCGGCAUGUGGGUCCCACAAAGCAGUCAUUGGAACUCUGCUGACACGAGCUGAGGGAUGCCGACCCUGUGCUGGCCCCCUGCCCUCAGAGUGCUGAGGAGUGGCAGAGCCCUCAGGUACAGAUGCCCUGGCUGCGUGUGUGUGUGUGUGUGUGUGUGUGUGUGUGUGUGUGUGUGCGUGCACGCACAGAUUAUAUGUUUUAUGAAUUAUAACAAAUUUAAAGUAUAUGUAAUGAAGAAGAAUUCGCAAUCUCACCUCCACUCCUACCCCAAGGUUACCACUGACCAGCAGGUGGGUGUAUAUCCCUCUAGAUCUUUCCUUCCUUUCAUCCUUUUCCCAAACGAACAUGAAUAUACCUUACUGCUUUCAAAAACAAAAAUGGGAUUGUCACCAUAAAAAGUGUCCCAUAGAUUUUUUUCUUAGUCACAUACCUUGGAGACACUCAGUACUUACAGCCCCCUCUCCCCUGUGAUGUGGCAUGUCUUCCAUUGUAUAGAUGAACGACAGCUGGUUUAAGCAUUUGCCUCUUGAUGGUCAGUUGAAUUAUUUCUAAGUUCCAAUGAUUCUUCAAUGAUUCUCGAGCAUAACUCUUUGCAUACUGAAGUGUUUCUAUAGGAUAAGUCCUAAAAGGUUGGAAGGCUGGAUCCAGAAGAUACGAAUAUUUUCAGUGUUCCUUCCACCAACACGCUUGUGCCGAUCUACGUUCCUCCAUCCUCAGCUGACACUGCUUUAAUAACCAUGCAAUGCAGGUUCAGUCACCACAGCAAAGUGUUAACACCAUUCUCUAAAUAAUUUCAGGCCCAGGAAAUCUUCAGGGGAUGGAGUUUUCUGUGUAUCAAAACCACCGGUAGGGGCACAAUAACACUUUGCAAGUAUGCUCACCGGCAGCCAAAGUCCAGCUACAAGUACUCGUCCUGGAGAGAAAUCCUGAGCUCCUGCAGGUGUAUUCAAAAGAGCUCUGACUAGGCUCUCAGCUCUGAGACUCCGUCCUGAGUGUUAGGGUAUGCCUUCUCAUGGGGUUAGAGGUGUCCCCAGGUUAAUGACCAUGGUUCCCACCCCAGACUCAGGACAUCGGGUCUGACGGCCCCUUAAAGUAUCAGGUUCAUCCUGUAAAACCCAGGAUGAAUGAUUGCUGUAGCUCUACAUCACUGUACAUCAUAAUCAGUUAACACUAUAAAGAGCUUAUUGUGCUCUUCUGUACACUUGACAUAUAUUAAUCCACUAAAUCCUCACACUGGGCCCAUGAGGUAGGUAUUAUUAUUUUUAUUAAUUUAUUUAUUAAUUAAUUUAUUUUUGGCUGCGUUGAGUCUUCGUUGCUGCACGCUUUCUCUAGUUGCGUUGAGCGAGGGCUACUCUUUGUUGCGGUGCGCGGGCUUCUCAUUGUGGUGGCUUCUCGUUGCAGAGCACGGGCUCUAGAGCGCAGGCUCAGUAGUUGUGGUGCAUGGGCUUACUCGCUCCGAGGCAUUGUAGGAUCUUCCCGGACCAGGGCUCAAACCCAUGUUCCCUGCAGUGGCAGGCGGAUUCUUAACCACUGCGCCACCAGGGGAGUCCCGAGAUGCCGGUGCAGCUGACAACAGCCCUUCGUGUGGUGGGCACCAGCCUGUUUGCCCUGGCAGUGCUGGGUGGCAUCCUGGCAGCUUAUGUGACAGGCUACCAGUUCAUCCACACAGAAAAACACUACCUGUCCUUCGGGCUGUAUGGUGCCAUCCUGGGUCUGCACCUGCUCAUCCAGAGCCUGUUUGCCUUCCUGGAGCACCGGCGCAUGCGGCGGGCAGGCCGGCCACUGAAGCUGCCCUCCCCGCUGCGGCGCUCUGUGGCGCUCUGCAUCGCUGCAUACCAGGAGGACCCCGACUACUUGCGCAAGUGCCUGCGCUCAGCCCAGCGCAUCGCCUUCCCCGACCUCAAGGUGGUCAUGGUGGUGGAUGGCAAUCGCCAGGAGGAUGCCUACAUGCUGGACAUCUUCCAUGAGGUGCUAGGUGGCACCGAGCAAGCCGGCUUCUUUGUGUGGCGCAGCAACUUCCAUGAGGCGGGUGAGGGUGAGACGGAGGCCAGCCUUCAGGAGGGCAUGGACCGCGUGCGCAACGUGGUGCAGGCCAGCACCUUCUCAUGCAUCAUGCAGAAGUGGGGAGGCAAGCGAGAGGUCAUGUACACGGCCUUCAAGGCUCUUGGUGAUUCAGUGGACUACAUCCAGGUGUGUGACUCUGACACUGUGCUGGAUCCAGCCUGCACAAUUGAAAUGCUUCGAGUCCUGGAGGAGGACCCCCAAGUAGGAGGAGUCGGGGGAGAUGUCCAAAUCCUCAACAAAUACGAUUCAUGGAUCUCCUUCCUGAGCAGUGUGCGGUACUGGAUGGCCUUCAACGUGGAGCGGGCUUGCCAGUCCUACUUUGGCUGUGUGCAGUGCAUUAGCGGGCCCUUGGGCAUGUACCGUAACAGCCUCCUUCAGCAAUUCUUGGAGGACUGGUACCAUCAGAAGUUCCUAGGCAGCAAGUGCAGCUUUGGGGAUGACCGGCACCUCACCAACCGAGUCCUGAGUCUCGGCUACAGGACUAAGUAUACAGCUCGCUCUAAAUGCCUCACAGAGACCCCCACCAAGUACCUCCGGUGGCUUAACCAGCAGACCCGCUGGAGCAAGUCUUACUUCCGCGAGUGGCUCUACAACUCUCUGUGGUUCCACAAGCACCACCUCUGGAUGACCUACGAAUCAGUGGUCACGGGUUUCUUCCCCUUCUUCCUUAUCGCCACAGUCAUACAGCUUUUCUACCGUGGCCGCAUCUGGAACAUUCUUCUCUUCCUGCUGACAGUGCAGCUGGUGGGCAUUAUCAAGGCUACAUACGCCUGCUUCCUUCGGGGCAAUGCAGAGAUGAUCUUCAUGUCACUAUACUCCCUUCUCUAUAUGUCCAGCCUCCUGCCAGCCAAGAUCUUUGCCAUUGCUACCAUCAACAAGUCUGGCUGGGGUACCUCUGGCCGAAAAACCAUUGUGGUGAACUUCAUUGGCCUCAUCCCUGUGUCCAUCUGGGUGGCAGUCCUCCUUGGGGGGCUGGCCUACACAGCUUACUGCCAGGAUCUGUUCAGUGAGACAGAGCUAGCCUUCCUUGUCUCUGGGGCCAUCCUGUAUGGCUGCUACUGGGUGGCCCUCCUCAUGUUGUAUCUGGCCAUCAUUGCCCGGCGAUGCGGGAAGAAGCCAGAGCAGUAUAGCUUAGCUUUUGCUGAGGUGUGACGUAGCCCUCAAGCAGAGCGGGAAAAGUGCAAUGGGUAAGGGAGGGAAGGGGAAUGGAGAAGAUGGGGUGGGAGGGAGGAGGGAGUGCUGUUUUAGUUUUUUAAUGGUCCAAAGGACAAAUGUGAAGUGCAAAGAAUGGUGACUGUAGUAUGGCCUGGGCCAGCUCUGCUUAGAGGAGGCAAGUCCAGCUCAGGGUGAUGGAGGAGGCAUGUAUGUUUUCAGGCCGCCUGUCUGCUCGCCUCUGUGCACACAGUGGCCUCUGGGCAACAUUCCACUUCCUCCCCUGAGAUCCAGAGGGAACUCAGAAGUGUGCUAAACCAAACAAUAAGUUCCAUUUAGUGGCAGCUUCUGACGGGUGAGUAAGCAAGGAGGGCCCGUGGGAAGCGGUUCUCUUAGCCCACCUGAACAAAAUCAGAGGUGGUGGGAGAAUUUCUGAGAGAUCUGGGCCAGCUAGUAACGUGUCCCCGCCUCUUUCUAGUUAUCAAUGCAAUAAGAUUGUGCCUGAAAUACGAAGCCCAGAAGCCUGAUCUUUGGGCAUCAGAAAACAGGGUCCAGGAAUGGUGCUUUCUUAUGUGAAGUACUGCAUUCCACAUCUCAACAUCCCAAGGAUGAGCCAGACUAGCAGGGAGUUAGCACUGGACUGGUUUUAAGUGUGAAGUGUGUGUAUAUAUAUGUUAAAAAGGAAAGUUUGCCAGGAGGAACAAACGGUGGUGGUGGUGCUAAAGGCCAUAGCUCAAGGCGCUAUGGAGGCCUUGAGCUGAAUGUAUUCUACCUGGAAAUUGCCCACAUAUCUAGAUUGUCUUGUCUGUGAUCUCUGCUGAGGAGGUAAAAUGUUUUCGUCAUCUACCAGGAAGAUUAAACCCCAACAUGCUCAGAAAGGAAGUGAGGGCUUGGGUAUUUCAACCUGUAUACUCCUGAAUUCCGCUCUCAAAUUCAGCUCUGACUGAGUCUAAGACAGCCUCCUCACUUCGCUUCACUUCACAGUGAUAGUCACCUGUUCCACCCUCCUCCUCAUCGGGUAAGUUUUUCAAGGUGGCGAGUGACACAGAGCCUGGACUCUCACGGGCCCCUCUGCAAUAGGCAAGCCUGCCCUCAGCACGUAGGGAAAAGCUAUUAGGAGCCUCUGACCACACUGCCUACAGUCCUGGAACUGCCUGGACAGAUUCCUUGGCAGAUGAGCGGUACCCAUGACGUUCAGGCUACGGUUGUUGACAAUCACCUCUAAUGGAAAGCUUUUCAGUGUUCCCUAAGGGAACCCUCAAUCCAAGCUGAUCAUUGUUGAGACUGUCCAUUCUCCUCAGUGGCUUCUCCAGGGAAUUCUUACAGCCAAGUUGUGGAUAGUCACUACUGCAUUUGCUUGCUUCUGUCCAGAAACCAAACUAGGAGAUGGAAUUGGUAUCUAAAUCCUAAGGUUCUUCUCUUCUCUCACGCCUCUCGAGGCUGUUUGAUUUCCCUCUUUUUUGGAGGGGGAGUGAGGGAAGGCCAUUUUCUACAGAUCUGCAAUCCACAGACUGUUCUGAGCUCUUGGAUUUGAAAACUGGGAUAUUGACUAAGCCUUUGACUUAGAGGGUGCUUGCUCAAGUGUGCUUUCUCGCCAAACAUCCACCCUCAGAGGGGCCUGCUGAGCCCUCAGAACCAGCACUAAGGUGGACAGUAGUCGAGGGGGCAAGCCUCUAGUGUGCCCAGGUGCUUCCUACGAAGGAACAAAGUGUGCUCUGAGCCAGACUGGCAAACCCUGGUGCUUCAUCUCCCAUGAACUCGGGGGUCUUCCAGCUGCAGCGAACACUGCUGCAUCACACAGACCUUGAGUUUGUAAGAAGACGACUGCUGGUUGACAUCAGGCCUAAUCCAUGAAGGCUGGGAAGAGGCGGCAGGUGUUUGCUGAAGGCAGUUGUUCCAGGCUCUUCCAUGUUUUUGCUGGCCAAGAAGUAAACUAUUUUGAGCACUACAAUGGAAGAAAUCCGGUCAGCCAACUGCAGAGCGCAGACUUCACUAAGGGCUUGUUUUUCUUCAGCUUUUACUUGAAGGUUAAUGUAGGAUGGACUCCCAGAUGGAGAACUCUUGGCUAUCCUACCAUCAGCUCUGCCUUGCUCUGUGACAAUCAACUUUCUCCAGAUCAAGAGUAGGCAGGUACAAGUAGUGGGCCCACAACGUUUGACCUCAACUGGUUUUUCUAAGUUAUUUUGUACAUUUUUCAGCAGCGAAACCAAACUGGGUCUUCAGCUUUAUUCCCGUUUCUUGUAAGGGAAGAGCCUUUAUACAAUUGGACACAUUUUGGGUUUUCCUCAAUGAGAAUUUUAAUCCUCUUUUGUAUUAUUUCUACAAUAAUUUGUAAACAUAUUUAUUUUUAUUUUUUGUUGUUUUUUUUUACUUUCAGGUCAAAUUUUUUAUACUGCACUUAUUUGUCAAAAUAAAGAUUCUCACAUAAUGCUGGUA